GGUGGAGGAGCUCUAUAGAUGUCACAAGCUUGUGAGGCCACAGACAGCUGAAGGAGCCAAACUCAGUACAUUCAGCUCCUUGGAGAGAAUGGCCAAAGGGAGGCGUUUCAACCCACCUUUGAACAAGGAAGGAAGAUGGUUCACUCACAUUGGUCUGAUGGAGAAGACACCAGAAUCCAUCACCCGUACUUCCCUGAAGGAAAUCCACUGUUCACACUUGUCUGAGCAGAUGGAGAGGAGGCUGCCACCAAUCUACAAAAUCCGAGAGAAGGAAGCAGCAAACAAAAACUUCCCUUUCUCUGUGCAUGACAACCGCCACAGUUUCCAGAACUCUGGAUACUAUUUUGACUCUGGUUUGGGGCGCAAGAAGUUUUCCUCAGAUCAAAAGCAACACAUUUCUAGAAAUUUCAAUCUCUGGGCCUGUGACUACAUCCCGUCCAGCUUUGAUGGUCUUUCAAGUAACCAAACAUCCUACGUACCUAAGAAAGCCGUGGUGAUCUCAACGUUCCGACGCUUUCCGAGAUGCUAUGAUGAGAAGUGGAAUGAGUUGAAGUUUGUUUACAACCAAAGCUGUGGAAAGAUUUUGGGAAAUGAGGCAAAUGGAGAGAUUGCUGUUGACCCAAAGGUUGUCUCUCUACAGGCUUGUGCAGGGUCCCUGAACCUUCCGGAGGCUCUUGAUGAGGUUUCUGAUGUCGUUCCAUCAGGGGUUCAUCAAGACUCUGAUUCAACACCACCCCAUAAUAGCUGAAAUGCUUUUGUGAUUUUAUAAGGUUGAAAAUAUUCAAAUUCUUAAGAAGGUAUGUGAAGCUAUAUGCAUAUGUAAAUAAACUGUUAAGAUUGUCCUGUUAACCUUUGGGGGUGUUUUUAAAACUUUGUACUUCAUAUAUGAUUAGAUUUUCAUUUUGAAAU